AGUAGUUGUGCAGCGACGAGCCAGUGAUGUUGUGUUUGGUGGUUGAAGUUGAUCCAAUUCUCGAGUUUUCCGACUUUUCCUGAGUUGACCACCAGAAGACACCGUCCUUGAGCGGCCAGAGCGGAUUGGCCAAUCGGGGGGAUACAGAUACGGAUAUAGUGGUCGGAGAUCGCACCGCCUCCUGGCUGUUAUUCCCGCGUUAAUUAUACGAUGGGUCUGCUAUCGCUGUUGCGUAAACUGAGACCCAAUCCGGAAAAGGAGGCUCGCAUCCUGCUCCUGGGAUUGGAUAAUGCGGGCAAGACUACGAUACUGAAGCAGCUGGCAUCGGAGGACAUAACCACGGUAACGCCCACGGCAGGAUUUAACAUCAAGUCCGUGGCAGCCGAUGGUUUCAAACUGAAUGUAUGGGAUAUUGGUGGUCAAUGGAAGAUACGUCCAUAUUGGAAGAACUACUUUGCGAAUACUGAUGUGCUGAUCUAUGUAAUUGACUGUACGGAUCGGACUCGCCUGCCCGAGGCGGGUAGUGAACUAUUCGAAAUGCUCAUGGACAAUCGGUUGAAGCAAGUUCCCGUACUGAUUUUCGCUAACAAACAGGAUAUGCCGGAUGCCAUGAGUGCCGCCGAGGUGGCCGAGAAGAUGAGUUUGGUGCAACUGCAGGGACGAACCUGGGAGAUCAAGGCCUGCACCGCUGUGGAUGGCACUGGACUCAAGGAGGGAAUGGACUGGGUCUGCAAGAACAUGAAGAAGUAAUCUAAAUUAUUGUAAUCGUCGCCUGUUAAGUUGUCUCUAAGAACUAAAUAUACGUACCUACAUUUCAACUCAUUAAAAGUA